CAGCGGCGGCGGCGGCGGCAGCUCCGACUGGAGCCGCGGGCGCUGCGACCCCGAUCCCGAGCCGGCUCGUCAUCCCCGGCCCGGCUCCGGCCCCCAGCGCGCCCCUUGACCCGGCCCCGAGCCUGCCGGCCGCUGGUCCCCAUGGAGCUGCUGGCCGCAGCUUUUAGCGCCGCCUGCGCUGUGGACCACGACAGCUCCACCUCGGAGAGCGACACUCGCGAGUCGGCGGUGGGACACCUGCCCGGCAGCGAGUCGUCCUCCACCCCGGGAAACGGGGCCACGCCCGAGGAGUGCCCAGCGCUGGCCGACAGCCCCACCACACUUACCGAGGCCCUGCAGAUGAUCCACCCCAUCCCCACCGACUCCUGGAGGAACCUCAUCGAACAAAUCGGGCUCCUGUAUCAGGAAUACCGAGAUAAAUCAACUCUCCAGGAAAUUGAAACCAGGAGGCAACAGGAUGCAGAAAUACACACCAAUGACCUCGGUUCCCCGGCCAGCGAGGAGACUCUGGAGGAGGAGGAAGAGGAGGAGGAGUUGCCCGCAAGUCCACCCGAGAGGAAGGCUCUGCCCCAGAUCUGCCUGCUGAGCAACCCGCACUCGAGGUUCAACCUGUGGCAGGAUCUCCCAGAGAUCCAGAGCAGUGGGGUGCUGGACAUCCUCCAGCCCGAGGAGGUUAAACUGCAGGAGGCCAUGUUCGAGCUGGUCACUUCCGAGGCCUCCUACUACAAGAGCCUGAGCCUGCUGGUGUCCCACUUCAUGGAGAACGAGCGGCUGAAGAAGCUCCUGCACCCGUCCGAGGCGCACACCCUCUUCUCCAACGUCCUGGACGUGCUGGCCGUCAGCGAGCGCUUCCUCCUGGAGCUGGAGCGCCGGCUGGAGGAGAACAUUGUCAUCUCGGACGUGUGUGACAUCGUGUACCAUUACGCGGCCAACCACUUCUCGGUCUACAUCACCUACGUCAGCAACCAGACCUACCAGGAGCGGACCUACAAACAACUGCUCCAGGAGAAGGCGGCCUUUCGGGAGCUGAUCACGCAGCUGGAGCUCGACCCCAAGUGCAGGGGGCUGCCCCUCUCCUCCUUCCUCAUCCUGCCUUUCCAGAGGGUCACUCGCCUCAAGCUGCUGGUCCAGAACAUCCUGAAGAGGGUGGAGGAGCGGUCAGAGCGCGAAUGCACCGCCUUGGAAGCCCACCGGGAGCUGGAACUGGUGGUAAAAGCAUGUAACGAGGGCGUCAGGAAGAUGAGCCGCACGGAGCAGAUGAUCAGCAUCCAGAAGAAGAUGGAAUUUAAGAUCAAGUCAGUGCCCAUCAUCUCGCACUCCCGCUGGCUGCUGAAGCAGGGCGAGCUGCAGCAGAUGUCAGGCCCCCGGACGUCCCGAACCCUGCGGACCAAGAAGCUCUUCCAGGAAGUUUACCUCUUCCUCUUCAAUGACCUGCUGGUGAUCUGCCGGCAGAUCCCGGGUGACAAGUACCAGGUGUUCGACUCGGCCCCGCGGGGCCUGCUCCGAGUGGAGGAGCUGGAGGACCAGGGCCAGACGCUGGCCAACGUGUUCAUCCUGCGGCUGCUGGAGAACGCGGACGACCGGGAGGCCACCUACAUGCUGAAGGCGUCCUCUCAGAGUGAGAUGAAGCGCUGGAUGACCUCUCUGGCCCCCAACCGGAGAACAAAGUUUGUUUCCUUCACAUCCCGGCUGCUGGACUGCCCCCAGGUCCAGUGUGUACACCCGUAUGUGGCCCAGCAGCCAGACGAGCUGACGCUGGAGCUGGCGGACAUCCUUAACAUCCUGGACAAGACAGAAGAUGGGUGGAUCUUUGGCGAGCGUCUGCAUGACCAGGAGAGAGGCUGGUUCCCCAGCAGCACGGCUGAGGAGAUCUUGAAUCCCAAGAUCCGGUCCCAGAACCUCAAGGAAUGUUUCCGUGUGCACAAGAUGGAUGACCCCCAGCGCAGUCAGAAUAAGGACCGCAGGAAGUUGGGCAGCCGAAAUCGGCAAUGACCCCCAGCCCCUGGCCCCCGGCCCCCGGCCCAGCAGGGGGAUGUGGGCAGGCGGCAGCAGGGCCUGGCAGGCAAACCCACGAACCGAACCUGAGGGGCUCUGGGGGAAGGUGACCUUGUGCAGGAGUCAUCCUGACUGCUCAUCCCUGCCGCGUGGUGAAUGCUCAUGUGUCUUGGCCCCUUGCUUGCAAACCGGGAAACCAGUGCCCACAUCUCCCUCUGAUGCAUUUGUAAAUGAGAAAGUGUAUUUUAAACAGUAUUACACCCUCUCCCUCUUGUCUCUCAGAGGGGUGGAGGGGGUUGGCAUGCUCCAGGGGCCUUCCCAGGCACUGCAAGAAGCCCCAGGCCCAGGGUGUUCCUGGUCGAGGGCAGGUGCAAAGGUGAUGACUGUCAUGACCCCCUGCACGUGACCUUUACUACCCUGGGAGCUAUUAGAAUCCACCAGGUGAGCAGAUGGACUGCCCUUGCCCGGUGAGCUGGAUGAGCGGCCCUUGAUCUACAAUUUAUAAGACUGCCUCCGUCCACCUGUGCCAGCCUCUGGCUGCACGGCCAGGCCCUGCCUUGUGACAGGCCUGCCAGAGCUUGGCUGAGGGCCCACGCUGCCUCUGGCUCCCUGAAGGGCUGGAUGGAACUUGUGUCUCUGGCCUCUCGAGGAGCCCAGGUAUCGUAAGGAAUGAACUGGUCACUGCAUCCUGCAUCAGUUAUGGUUCCAUGAAGCAAACACCAUUUUU